AUGAACACACAGACAAACUCGGACCAACACCCUAUGGUUCAGCAUGGUCCAGACGUAACAACACCGCAUCACAGUCAAGGUCCAAAUACACAUCCUGGCCAGCCCCGAAUGUACAUGCAAGCAGAAAUGGAUAUGGUUCUGCAACGGUUGGCAAUCCUCGAAGCCGUGAACAUGCAACCAAUGGUGGCCAGCACAGAGGACAUAGAGCGUGCAUGGGAAUUGGCUUGA